CCUUUAAGACUAAGUACCGCAUUUACCCCAACUUAAUUACAUACAUAUAUCCGUUACUUGUAGAGUUUUACUCUAGGUAUACAAGAUUCGUCGGAAAGGAAGCUUUUGCGACCAUAUAAAGAACAUAUGCAUAUUCGAUUUACACGGUCUAUACAUACCACGAAUCGAAUAUACAUUUUUGGUUAUAAUUACCUCACCAUUCAUGUGAAAUAAAGUUGCGACAGGCUAUUUUCCCGGUAGUUAUAAAAGUUAUCUUUGGAAGGCUGAUAUACAUAGUCGUUGCCCUUUGAGUCGGCUGUGUAAACUCCCGCAUUUUCAGAUGUGCAUCAAAAGUUGUAUAUUUUUCAACCGCAUGUCUGUAUGUAAAUGUGUCUCUGAGCCAAUUCAAGGUCCACCUUUAAUGUUCAAACUUACGUGAAGGUUAAAAAAAUAAGUUAUCUUCCUAUGUAAUGGAAUGGAAUAAGCCUUUUCUAAAGCGCUUAGACCUUAUCUAAUCCGUGGAGCUCUUAAUAAAGCGUUAAAUUGUAUUUCUUUGUUUGGAUGACCGUAAAUACAUAUAUGUAUGUCUGUAGUUCGUUUCGUAAUUAUUGGACCGAUGGUGACUACGGACAGCUGCAGAUGACCAAUAUUGCCGUACGUUUGCGCAAAUCGAGCUGUGCAGGUUAUUUUGACACACUUUGAAGGGUCAGGCUGUGUGUGCAAUUUACUGUUUGCACAUGGUCGCACAUGUAACGCCUGGAAAUCGUUCAAAUGCAAAAUACCCUGUUAUCAACGUAGCUAUUAGCUCCACCGAGCUUCUACUCUACAGCUGUAUUGAUCGCAUCGAUCUAGCAUUGACACAAUUUUGCGGCUAGCCUGCCGCACUCUGCCAACGCCUACUAAUGUAAGACAAUAACCAUUUUCCGAGCCAUUUGGCGGGCCAGCAAAGCGGUCGGGGCUUCGGAAUAAUUCCACUGUUGGCAAACUGUACAUAUAUACAUAUGUACAUCACACUGUUUUGACAAUUGCGACCGAGAACACGCUCCCGGAAAACCCCUGCACUUGCAACUUUAGAAACCAUGAACUGGCAACGGAUCGAUUUCCAUGGACUGAUCUGCGUGCUAGCGGCGCUAGGAGUGCCGUCCCAGGCACAGUUCCUCCCCUCAUCUGGGCCCCUGCAGUCACCGUAUCAGGGUGCAGGGCCGCGUCUGGUGCUCUACGACCUGACCAGUGGCCGGGAGCUGGAUCCGCUGCGCUAUUUGGCCCUUUUGCGGGGCCCUAGGCAACUGCCAGUAAACGGGAACGUCGUGGAGCUUCCGCAGUUGUGGCAGCCCUGCUCCUGCGCCGAGCUCGCCUGCCGAUGCUGCCUGGGUCUGGCCCUGGGAUUCGGAGGUUCCCUCAACCAGCGGCUCUGUGCCUCUCUCGAGUACAGCAAGACGGACCUUGGUCUGCGCCUGAGCGUGGAGCUGAACCAGCGCACAGUGGCAAACUUUGGGUUCUCGGCCCGCAAUCCUCCCGACUACUGCGUACCGCUCCUCCUGCCGCUGCCGCUCUUCAGCUGCCUACGGCUCUACGACAUCAGGGCCUUCGGCGAGGGCAACAUGCAGGUCUGUCUGUCGGUGGUUUUUAAGGUUCUGGCCAGCCAGUUCUUUGAGUACCGAUUUAACUGCCUUCGCUUCGGCGCCAACGGAGUGCUUUUCGGCGUCGGGGCUGAUGUCAUGUCCCGGUGCGGUGCAGGAAACGACCAAAAAACGCCGUUGUGCUGGGAGAAGCUUUAGUUUCAACUCUAAAUAAUAUUUUUCUGUCCUUCUUUUUUCCCUCGCUAUUAUUCAUCAUUAGACUUCUGACAUAUUAUUAUAGGAUAAAGAUAUAUACAUACAUACAUAGAUCAAUUCUGACUACAACAAAGAUCGUUUCAUUAACCCUCGUGCCCAAAUUUUUCGACAUAUCUUAAGAGUAAAGGUUUGUUCUGGACAUUUUUAUAAUUUUCACCGAUCGAGUUUUAUAGGAAUUCAACUUCGGACCGCCUAGAGGAGGCUUUGGGAAAGUAGGCCAAAAAAUGUUCAGCACAAAAAUGUUGUUGUUUUCACGUUUUAUUAUAAACUAAAUAAAU